UCUCGCUUUCGAUUGGGCAUCUCUCGGGGGAAGAGCCUCUCCGGAUUGGUUAAAGCAUCGAAAGUGGGCGGGGCUUGGGCCAGCUGAGUCUCAGCGCCCAUCCCAGCUGCUCAAUCGAAGGCGAAAGGUCGGUUUUCUGACGAUAUUUCUCUUCCACUGCCUCCAAAAUGGACAUGGGUGGUGGAGGCCGGAUCCCGUACGACGACUAUCCAGUUGUGUUCCUGCCUCCCUAUGAAAGCCCUCCUGCCUGGAUCCCUCCCCAUGAGAGAAUUUACCAUUCUGAUUACAACAAUGAGCUCACCCAGUUCCUGCCUAGGACGAUUGUGCUGAAAAAGCCUCCUGGGGCUCAGCUGGGAUUUAACAUCCGAGGAGGAAAAGCAUCCCAGUUGGGGAUCUUCAUUUCUAAGGUAAUCCCUGACUCAGAUGCUCAUCGAGCAGGGCUUCAAGAAGGAGACCAGGUUCUAGCAGUGAAUGAUGUGGAUUUCCAGGAUAUUGAACAUGGCAAGGCUGUGGAGAUAUUGAAAACCGCUCGGGAGAUCAUUAUGAGGGUCCGCUUCUUCCCAUACAAUUACCAGCGGCAGAAGGAGAGAACCGUCCACUAGAAAUCCCUUCUGAUUUACAUCCACCUUUUUGCAGAGAACUCACCAACUGUGGUUUUCAAUUGAGUUAACCUGCAGAGAAGGACACAUUAUUUCCUCUGUUUUGUGUUGUAAAUUUCGAGACACAAAGGGACUGAACUUGGGUCUUCCCUGAUCAGGAAAUUGAUAUAGACUCUCUGACGAGUUCGAUACCCAAUGCUUCUCCAGACCCAAGAGAAUCCAUAUAAUCCAACGUAUUUCUUCUUCCUCUGCUGUGGUUUGCUUUUGAGUGUUGGGGUCCAAAGAAGAAAACUGGGGUCAUUGAAGCUUCCUGUUGGCAUUGAAGUGGGAUUGUUGGUUACUUUUAGAGGGUACGAUCCUCCUCCAAAGCCCUCUGUUAGGCCACGUUGAAAUGUAUGGGAUUUGCUUCUGUUCAUUGCUCUGAAUGUUUGUGAGCUGGUGAGGAAACAGUCUUGCACGCAUCAUGCGCUUUGUGCUUCGUUUUGUAAAGCCUUAAAUACUUGGGCAUCUGCUUGGUUAUAUGUUAUGGAAUAGAGUGUUGGGAGCAGGAUUAGUAGCUCUUGCUGGAUCCGGGAAGGCGGCUAUUUUUGUUCUAAUUCCUCAUGUUUAGUUUUCUUCGCACACAGGGAUAGGAAUGAUAUGGGAGAUGAUCUCCCAAGCCUACAAGUAUUUUCUCCUGUGUUACCUAAAGGGACCUUUCAUGCCCCGCAGCUAUAGCACUAAUUUUUCUUUUUAACUGCCAUAAUUAGCUACAUCAUGUGGGAUUCUGCGAUUUGUAGGCUAUUGAAGCACCAAAGCUCUCUGGCUAAGAAUUCUAAGGCCCCUUCUACACUGCCAUAUAAUCAAGAUUAUCAAAGCAGAUAAUCCACAUUAUUAUAUGAGUCUACACUGCCAUAUUAUCCAGUUCAAAGCAAAUCUGGAUUUUAUAUCGUAGUAUAGAUGGGGCCUUUAUCUCCCUUAACUCCCAAGUCCCAGGAUGAAAAUGAUGGCAGCUAAAAUGAACUGGUUGUGGUGUAUGUGUAUAGUAUGAAACAGAUCCCACAUUAUUCCUUUUAUUUUAACAUAUAUCACCUAAAGAGAGACAUAAAAGACUGACUUGGCUGCUGACUCUGUAUGUACUGAAAUGUGUGUGGACACACACACCUAGCUCUUUAAGUAUAAAUUUUAUCAACAAAUGGA